ACUGGGAGUUAAUGAGCUACAUGCUGUGACAUUGUAAGUGUGACUAAAGUGAAUAUUCCCAGAGAAUGAAGCAUGACUUGCUGGACUUGGAUUUGUCAUUACAAAGUCAGUCUUUUAGCAACGUCUAUCAAUUAAUCUGCUGUUUCUUUUAUAUAGAAUCAUUUGAUCUCUAAAGUAGUAAAAUCACUGCCUAUCACAGUUCGUCUUCAAAUGUCUUUCUUUUGUACAAUAAACAGUUGAAAAAGAAUGUCACAAAAGGUAUUGUAUUUUUUUGGCUGAAUGGAAGUUAUCGCUAUAUUCACGUGUUUUACAGAGGACUGACCUAGAGCUUCAUCACACGGUGCAACGACAACCACAAGAAGCUCGAUAUCAACAAAACCAAUGAGUCUGGAAGAGGAAGUGAAGAAGGUGAGACUGUAGGACUGUGUAGACAUUUGUGUAAAUUUUGUCCCACAAACAGUGUAGUUUGAGUUCUCAUAUAUUUGCAGGUGAGUAUUUGGCACAUACUUCAUUAGCAUCGCACUGUAUGUGAAAAGACCUAAAGGCUGUCUUUAGCUAUCACACUCAGGGCCAAAAACGUGUCUUGUGACCUUGACCUUUGACCUUUGGCUGCUAAUUUCUAAUCAGUUUAUCUUUGAGUGCAAGUGAAUGUUUGUGCCAAAUUUGAAGAAAUUCCCUCGAGGUGUUACGGAGAUAUCACGCUCAUGAGAAUGGGACGGACGGACUUGUAAACAUUAUGAUUUUGGCCACGACUGUCGCUGUCAUGGAGGCAUGAGGAAGCAGUAAACCGUCACAUUAUCCUCAUACGAGCUGAAAGCACAAAAUGUUGCUUUAAAAAACAACUAAAAAAGUUAAUUUAUCAUCAAAACAGUUGCUGAUUAAUUCUCUAUCGAUCUACUAAGCGAUCAGUCGGCUGCAAAAACAAACUUUGCGGCUGUGACUCUAACAUUUUCUACUUUAUUUUCACUUCCCUCAGUUUCUCUCUCAUACUUUUCCAGCUGAAACCUCCAUCAUCUUGCCUCCCUGUUCACAAUGAGGGGUUUUAAACUAAGUGUACACAGCGUCAAAUUGAGUUAUGGCUGCAUGUCAAUAAACUGUUUCACCCCCCCACACCCCUCACCGCCACCCCUCCUCCCGUCACUGCUGGAGCCAGAAGCUGACAUCGUGAUUGUCCUUGUCCGAUUAGGCCGAUCAAUGCAACUGAACAGAGAGAGGAGAGAGGAAGAGGAGGAGGAGAAGGAGGAGAAGGAGGAGAAGGAGAACUGAGGGAUGUGUCUGUGUGUGUUGAAGAGGGAGAGGAAGGCGGGGGGGUGGGCAGCUCCUCCCAUAAUUAAGUUAGUGUGCUGCGCUGGAGGUCCAUGUUUACGGGGCAGGCGAGGGAGUUUCCUUCACUCAGUGGACAAUCUGAGCGCGGAGAAGGCAGCAGCGAGCUCUCACUCUCUUCUCUGGUUUAUACCGCUGCGACUGGCUGACCCACACACACAGGCUGAUCCAGGACAAGACGGAGGGGGAAGCAGCAGCAGCAGCACCUGCCUAGCCCUCCACCACCACCACCACCACCGUCCCUCCCUCCGUCUCCCCUGCCUGCCUGGGCCAGGACUUCGUUUCAGCCGCUGUCGCCACCGCUGCCAUCAUGUGCGACUGUUUCCACCUGGCCUUCCCCAACUGGCACGCCGCCUCCUCAGGGACGGGAGCUGGUCGGAGGCUGAGAGGACCAGAGCCUGGCACAGAGGACGAUUCAAUAUGUGACGAGCCAACUCAGUUCACAGAGGGAGAGAGACCACGCCCUCAAGGAUCGUCCCCGGUCGAGGAGUAUCCUGAAACUGAAAAAUACAGUGACAGUGACAAAGAGUGUGAAGCAGAGCAUGACCCACACCACAAAAGUGGGAGUGGAAAGAAAACUAAAAAGUCUGGGCUUGGGUCCAUGUUUGAAAAGCGCUCGACUCCAAAGAUGAGUAAACUGAAGGAGGUUCACAGCCCUGAGUCUGGGGUGAUAGUUAAAACAGCCAAAGAUGGAUGUGCAGAGGGUCUCAUUUAUGGUGGAGGAGGGAAAGAGGGGAUCUUCAUUAAGGAGGUGGUACCAGAAUCACCUGCCUCAAAAAAUCUGAAACUGAAAGAAGGUGAUCAGGUUUUGAGUGCCACUGUGUAUUUUGACAACGUGUCAUACGAGGAUGCCAUUCAGAUUCUGGAGCACGCUCAGGCUUACAAAGUGAAGCUCUGCUUGAAACGCAAACCAGACAUGACAGAGAGCGAACCAGCCAUCGAAUCUGAUGUUAUCCCUGAAGAAGACCUUUACGCUCCAGACAUGAGGGAGCAAGGAAAAACCAAAAGGCGUGGGGAUGCCCGCAUUUCAUGGCCUAAGUUUCCUUCCUUUGGAAAGGGAAAGAAGUCCCGCUUUACCAGGUCUCACAGCUCCUCAGAGGCUGAUGAGCAGAGAAAACUGGAGCUUAGUCCCACCACAAGUGACACAGAGUCACCUAUAAAAUCUCAGGAUGCUCUCAAAGGCAAGAAGAGGCACAAAAUGAAGCUUUCUGUUCUGACAAAGAGAGGCCGUAUAAGUUCAUCUGAAGACCAGGACACGGACGCACCUACAACUGGGCAGAUGAGUACUGACAUUUACCAGACAGCAUCAGACAUGCUUUCACCUGAGUGCCUUGAAAGCCUCUCAGGAGAAGCACCUGAAGUCUAUGUGACGGAGGAUCUGAAAGCAGCGGAAGACUUGAGACAUGAGCAAAAUGAUCAAAAACUGACUGAACCUCAAACUAUACACAAGGUGGAACUCAUCAGUAUAGACAGCACUUUGAAAACAGCAGAUGUAACAGUGGCUCUGGCAGAUAAAGAAAGCCCCUCUGGUAUCAAGUCCCCCGAUGAGAAGAAAAAGAAGAAAGAAAGGUCUGAAUUAAAAAUGAAAAUUCUGGGGAAGGAUAAAUCACUCAAGAAAGAUGCAAAAGCAAAAGCCUCGCCAAAAAGACUAAAAACACUGGGGGCAAGUAUUGAAAUAGCAGAUCAACCUGAAAAUGAAAAAUCAGAUGUCAUCCCAGGUUUUGAGUCACACACAGAACAACAGGGAGGUCAACUACCAACACAGAAGAAAAUUAGCGUACCAGAAGUGGAGCUUGAUAUUUCUGAUGCCACAUUUAUAUGCAAAUCUCCACAGAAAGGUGAAGAAAAAACCAAGAAAGGCAAGGACAAAACAUUCAAACUGCCUAAAGUAGGCUUGAGUGACAUUGCAACUGAGGAAACUAUACAAAAAAUCAAUGUAAAUGUUGAAGAAAAAACUAAAAUUGAGCAGCUGAAAAGUGUGGGUACAGAAGUGAAAGAAGAUCCUUAUGACAGACUGUCAAAAAGCAGUCUUUCCAGAACACAACUUCCCAAACGUGAAGACAUUGAGAUUCCAGGCAUGGAGGACAUGUCUAAAAGGGCCACAGCCAAAGGAAUUAAAGAGCCUAAAGUGGCUAUAACAGGACACCAUGAAGACAUUCAAGCUGAAACAGUUCAAAUGUCAAUUGAUGUUGACAGUGUGAAAGAGGCAGUUUCGAAAUUGCCUGGAUUUAAGCUGCCUAAGGUUGACACAUCUGGAGUGCCUAUUCCUGAGGAAAUUACUGUGAUUGAUGCAAAUGCACAAAGAAUAUCAGUGAAAACACCCACUAAAGUUGUAGAUGGCAAAACAAAACAUGAGACACACUUCACUAAGUUUGACAUAAGCUCUCCAGAAAUCUCCAAGACCACAGUCAAACUACCAAAGAUCACAGCUGCUGAUUUAACCUCAGAGGACCUUAUAACUGAGACCAAGAUAGAUUUUAAAAAGUCUGAAAAAGAACACAAAACUAAGCCAAAACAAAGUGACACUGAGAUGAAAACUGAGGUCUAUAAACGAGAAGAUAUCAUAAUACCUGGCAAAGAAAGUGCACAAGAAGUAGCCAUUCUUCAGGCACUAGAAACUGAGAAAACACAAGGCACAGAGGGCAUCACAUUUGCUGCUACAUUCAGCCAAAAAGAAUCAGAUAAGAAAUCAAAGAAGACGAUGGCAAUGCCUAGCUUUGGGAUUGCAAAACCAGACAUAAGAAUGCCUGACAUUGGAAUUGACUUGCCAAAACAAAAUAUCUCUGAGCAGAAAGGUGGUACAAUUAAAGGAGAAAGAACUGUAUUGCUCCAAGAAGUAAAAACAACAACUGAAACAAGGAAAGGUAUAUCUGAUGUCAAAAUACCUGAAAUCGAUAGCAUUGAAUACAUUGAUUCAGUAGGUGGUUCACCAGCUAAAAAAGAUGGUGGCAUUAGGCUUACAGGUGUCAGUGUUAAUCUUGAUGUUUCAAAGCCACAGGCUGACAUCUCCUUUCCCGGGAUCAGAGGUGAAGUAAAAGAUGUUGGAGCUGAGGAGCAUACAAUCACACUGGCCAAAUCUGGAGGAGUUAGUCCAGACAUCAGCGUAAAUGUGCCUCAUACAGAUAAGGAUAUAAACAUUGAUGGGGCAGAGAUAAAAAUGCUUGAAAAACAGGGAAAGGGUAGCAAGUUCAAAAUGCCAAAUCUUGACAUCUCCAUGCCAAAGGUGAAAGGCCCUAAAAUUGAUUUAAGCCUUUCAAAGAAAGAUGUAGAUGUGACACCACCAGAGGUGAAAGCUGAUGUUAAACUCCCUGAAGCCCCUGAGACUGACAUUACUCUUGGAAAAGUAGAUGUUUCUGUUCCAGUGCAAAAGAUAGAGGUUGAAAAACCUGAACUGGAAAUCAAACCUCUGCAGAUUGAAGGUGAACUUGAUGGACAAGGAAGCAAGUUAAAAAUGCCAAAGUUUGGUGUCAAAAUGCCAAAAAUAAAAGGCCCUGAAUUUGAUUUGAGCUUGUCCAGGAAGGACGUAGAUGUCACACUACCUGAGGCUAAAGCUGAAGUCAAACUCCCACAGGCUCCUGAUGUGGAUGUUGCCCUUGGAAAGGAAGAUGUUUCUGUUCCAGAGCAAAAGAUAGCAGUUGAAAAACCAGAACUGGGAAUAAAACCUCUCGAGACUGAAGGUGAGCUUGAUGGACAAGGAAGCAAGUUCAAAAGGCCAAAGUUUGGUAUCAAAAUGCCAGGAAUAAAAGGGCCUGAAUUUGAUUUAAGUUUGUCUAAGAAAGAUGUAGCUGUCACACUCCCAGAAGCUAAAGCUGGGGUAAAACUCCCAGAUGCCCCUGACUUGGAUGGUACUCUUGGGGACGUAGAUGUUUCUAUUCCAGAGCAAAAGAUAGAGGUCGAAAAACCAGAACUGGAAAUGAAACCUCUGCAUACUGACGUUGAACUUGAUGGACAAGGAAGCAAAUUCAAGAUUCCAAAGUUGGGAAUUAAAAUGCCAAAGUUAAAGGGCCUGAAUUUGAUGUACUGGUCCAAGAAGGAUAUAGAUGUCACACUACCAGAGGCUAAAGCUGUGGUCAAACUCCCAGAUGCCCCUGAGGCUGAUGUUACUCUUGUAAGAAUAGAUGCUUCUGUUCCAGAGCAAAAGGUGGAAGUUGAAAAAUCAGAUUUGGAUAUCAAAACUCUGCAGACUGAAAUUGAAGUUGAUGGACAAGGAAGCAAGUUCAAGAUGCCAAAGUUUGGAAUUAAAAUGCCAAAACUAAAAGGGCCUGAAUUUGAUUUAAGCUUAUCAAAGAAAGAUGCAGAUAUUACACUACCAGAAGCUAAAGUUGAGGUAAAACUCCCAGAAGCCCCUGAGGUUGAUGUUACUGUUGGAAGCGUAAAUGUUUCUAUUCCAGAGAAAAAGGUGGAAAUUGAAAAACCAGAUUUGAUUAUAAAAACUCAGCAGACUGAAGUUGAACUUGAAGGACAAGGAAGCAAGUUUAAAAUGCCUAAGUUGGGAAUCACAAUGCCAAAAGUAAAAGGGCCUGAAAGUGACUUCAACUUAUCAAAGAAAGAUGUAGAUGUGACACUACCAGAAGCCAAAGUGGACAUCAAACUUCCUGAUGUUGGACUUAAACAUCCCUCUGCUGAAAUGGAAAUUAAGCCUCCUGGGAUUAAAGGUGCUGAAAAGGAUGCAGAAGGAUCACCAUCAAAAUUUAAAAUGCCAACUUUCAAACUACCCAAAUUUGGAGCUACUCCAACUGUCAGUGCUGAAGUAUCUAGCAAAACCAAAGAUAUUCAAAUUCCUGAAACACAGCUGAAGUCACCUGAGGGCAUUGCAGUUGACAUUGUAGCACCCAGCAUUGAUAUUGAGGGCCCAUCCCUUGAUAUGGAAACGACAGCAGCUGAACUUGAUGGAAAAGGAAGCAAGUUCAAAAUGCCAAAAUUUGGAAUAUCACUGCCAAAAGUAAGAGGCCCUGAGAUCGAUUUGAGCUUACAAAAGAAAGACACAGAUGUCACACUACCAGAAGCUAAAGCUGGGGUCAAACUCCCAGAUGCCCCUGAGGUUGAUCUUGGGAAGGUAGAUGUUUCUAUUCCAGAGGGAAAGAUGGAGGUCAAAAAACCUGAGUUGGAAAUCAAACCUUUGCAGGCUGAGGCUGAACUUGAUGGACAAGGAAGCAAAUUUGAAAUGCCAAAGUUUGCUAUCAAAAUGCCAAAAAUAAAAGGUCCUGAAUUUGAUUUAGGCUUGUCCAGGAAAGACACAGAUGUCACAUUACCAGAGGCUAAAGCUGAGGUCAAACUCCCAGAUGUCCCUGAGGUUGGCGUUGCUCUAGGAAAAGUAGAUGUUUCUGUCCCAGAGCAAAAGAUAGAAGUCAAAAAACCUGAGUUGGAAAUCAAACCUCUGCAAACUGAAGUUGAAGUUGAUGGACAAGGAAGCAAAUUCAAGAUGCCAAAGUUUGGAAUUAAAAUGCCAAAGUUAAAGGGACCUGAAUUUGAUUUAAGCUUAUCAAAGAAAGACAUAGAUGUCACACUACCAGAGGCUAAAGCUGAGGUCAAACUCCCAGAUGUCCCUGAGGUUGGCGUUGCUCUAGGGAAAGUAGAUAUUCCUAUUCCAGAGCAAAAGAUAGAGGUCAAAAAACCUGAGGUGGAAUUCAAACCUCUGCAAACUGAAGUUGAAGUUGAUGGACAAGGAAGCAAAUUCAAGAUGCCAAAGUUUGGAAUUAAAAUGCCAAAGUUAAAGGGACCUGAAUUUGAUUUAAGCUUAUCAAAGAAAGACAUAGAUGUCACACUACCAGAAGCCAAAGGUGAAGUCAAACUCCCAGAGGCCCCUGAGGUUGAUGUUACUCUUGGAAGCGUCAGUGUUUCUAUUCCAGAGAAAAAGAUGGGACUAGAAAAACCUGAGGUGGAAUUCAAACCUCCGCAGACCGAAAGUGACCUUGAUGGACAAGGAAGGAAGUUCGAAAUGCCAAAAUUUGGAAUUUCAAUGCCAAAAGUAAAAGGGCCUGAAAUUGACUUCAGCUUAUCAAAGAAAGAUGUAGAUGUCACACUACCAGAAGCUAAAGGUGAAGUCAAACUCCCUGAUAUUGAAGUAAAACCUCCCUCUGCUAAAGUGGAAAUUAAAGCUCCUGAGAUUAAAGGUACUGAAAAGGAGGCAGAAGGAUCAUCAUCAAAAUUUAAAAUGCCAACUUUCAAACUACCCAAAUUUGGAGCUGCUACUCCAAAUGUCAGUGUUGAAGUAUCUAGCAAAGCCAAAGAUAUUCAAAUCCCUGAAACACAACUGAAGUCACCUGAAAUUGUUGACACUGCAGACAUUACAGCACCCAACAUUGAUAUUGAGGACCCAUCCCUUGAUGUGAAAAUGACAGCAGCUGAACUUGAUGGAAAAGGAGGCAAGUUCAAAAUGCCAAAAUUUGGAAUAUCAAUGCCAAAAGUAAAAGGUCCUGAAAUUGAUUUGAGCUUAUCAAAGAAAGAUGUAGAUGUCACAUUGCCUGAAGCUGAAGCAGAUGUCAAACUCCCUGAUGUUGAAUAUACAGAACCUGGUAUUAAGGUAGAAGUCAAAGCUCCAGAGAUUGCAGUUCACCAACAGGAUGUUGAAGGAUCACCAUCAAAAUUUAAGAUGCCAGCAUUUAAACUACCAAAAUUUGGAAUUGGUACUCCAAAAGUCUCUGUAGAAGUACCUGAUAUGGACAAAGAUGUCAGUCUUGGAAAAGCAGAUGUUUCUAUUCCAGAGGAAAAAUUGGAAGUUAAAAAGCCUGAAUUAGACACAAAACCUCUGCAAAGUGAAGUUGAACUUGAUGGGCAAGGCAGCAAGUUUAAAAUGCCAAAGUUGGGAAUGUCAAUGCCACAUGUAAAAGGACCUGAAAUUCAUUUUGGCCUAUCAAAGAAAGAGGGAGACAUUGAUGUCACACUACCAGAAGCCAAAGCUGAAGUAGAAGUCCCAAAAGUUGAACUAAAAGAACCCGCUGCUGAAGUGGAAGUUAUAGCUCCUGACAUAAAAGUUGCAGCAAAAGGUACAGAAGGUUCCCCAUCAAAAUUUAAGAUGCCGACAUUCAAACUACCAAAAUUUGGAGUUCGUACUCCAAGCGUCUCUGUAGAGGUACCCAAUAAGGACAAAGAUGUCAAAAUCGAUGGAGCUGACAUUGAAAUCCCUGAGGAGGAAUCUGCUAUUAGCAUUGCAGCACCCAGCAUUGACAUUGAGGGUCCUUCAAUAGAUUUGAAAACCACAGGAACUGAACAGGAUGGAAAAGGGGGCAAGUUUAAAAUGCCAUAUCUUGGAUUCUCUAUGCCAAAGGCGAAAGGACCUAAGGUUGAUUUAAGCUUAUCAAAGAAAGAUGUAGAUAUCACACUACCAGAGGCUACAGCUGAGGUCCAACUUCCAGAGGUCGAUCUUGGUGAAGUAGAUGUGUCCAUUCCAGAGGCUAAGAUGGAAGUUCCAAAGGCUAAAGCUGAAGUCAAACUUCCGGAAGCCCCUAAAAUAGCUGUGGAGAUGAAACCACCAGAGUGUGAGGCAGAAAUUGAUGGACACGACGGGAAGUUUAAAAUACCAAAGUUUGGAAUCAAAAUGCCAAAAGUAAAAGGGCCUGAAUUUGAUUUAAGCUUAUCAAAGAAGGAUGUAGAUGUCACACUUCCAGAGGUUAAAGCUGAAGUCAAACUCCCAGAUGCUCCUAAGGUUGAUGUUAAUCUUGGAAAAGUAGAUGUUUCGAUUCCAGAAGCAAAGAUGGAAGUUGGAAAGCCUGAGCUAGAAAUUAAACCUCUACAGACUGAAGUUGAACUUGAAGGUCAAGGAAGCAAGUUCAAAAUGCCAAAGUUUGGAAUGUCAAUGCCAAAGGUAAAAGGACCUGAAUUUCAUCUAGGCACAUCAAAGAAAGAUGUGGAUGUCACACUACCAGAAGCCCAAGCAGACAUAAACCUCCCUGAUGUUGAACUAAAAGAACCUUCUGCUAAAGCAGAAAUCAAAGCUCCUAAGAUUGAAGUUGCAGCUAAAGAUGCUGAGGGAUCACCUUCAAAAUUUAAAAUGCCAAGUCUGAAUUUCUCUAAGCCUAAAGUCAAAGGGCCUGAUAUAGAUUUAAGCUUAUCAAAGAAAGAGACAGAUAUCACAUUACCAGACACUAAAGCUGAGGUCAAACUCCCAGAAGUCAGUCUUGGAAAAGCAGAGGUGAUGAUACCAGAGGCAAAAGUGGAAGUUAAAAAACCUGAAGUGCAAAUCAAACCUUUGCAGACUGACAUUGAACUUGAUGGACAAGGAAGCAAGUUCAAAAUGCCAAAAUUUGGAAUUUCAAUGCCAAAAGUAAAAGGGCCUGAAAUUGAUUUAAGCUUAUCAAAGAAAGACGUAGAUGUGACACUUCCAGAGACCAAAGCUGACCUGAAACUCCCUGAUGUUGAACUUAAAGACCCUUCUGCUAAAGUGGAAGUUAAAGCUCCUGAAAUUGAAGCUCAGUUAGGUAAAGUGGACGGAUCACCAUCAAAAUUUAAACUGCCAACAUUCAAAUUACCUAAAUUCGGAGCUGCCACACCAAAGGUCAUUGCAGAGGUGCCUGAUGUGGACAAAGACAUAAAACUUGAUGGAGCCGGGUUGAAGAUACCUCAAGACAACAUUACAGUUGAUACUGCAACACAAAACAUUGAUGUUGAGGGUCCAUCACUUGAUGUGAAAAUGACAGGACCUGAAGGUGAGGGAAAAGGAGGCAAGUUUAAAAUGCCAAAGUUUGGAAUAUCAUUGCCAAAAGUACAAGGGCCUGAAAUAGAUUUAAGCUUAUCAAAGAAGGAUGCAGAUUUCAAAUUACCAGAGGCUAAGGCUGAGGUUAAAGUCCCAGAGGCCCCUGAAAUUGAUGUUGAUCUUGGAAAAGUAGAUGUUUCAAUUCCUGAAGCAAAGAUGGAAGUUAAACCACCUGAACUUGAGGUUAAACCCAUGGAGUCUGAAGGUGAAAUUGAUGGACAAGGAAGCAAGUUCAAAAUGCCAAAGUUUGGCAUUUCAAUGCCAAAAGUAAAAGGACCUGAAAUUGAUUUCAGCCUAUCAAAGAAAGAUGCAGACGUUACACUACCGGAAGCCAAAGCAGAAGUCAAUCUCCCUGAUGUUGAAAUAAAAGAACCUUCUACUAAAGUGGAAGUUAAAGCUCCCGAGGUUGAAGCUCAGUUAACCAGUGUGAAAGGAUCACCAUCAAAAUUUAAACUGCCAACAUUCAAAUUCCCCAAAUUUGGAGGUGCCACUCCAAAUGUCAGUGCUGAAGUACCUGAUGCAGACAAAGAAAUCAAAAUUGAUGGAGCUCACGUGCAUGUUUCUGUACCACAUGCAGAUGUUGAUUUACCAGAGGUUAAAGCAGAGGUCCACCUGCCAGAGGUUGAGGUCAAAGAGCCUUCAGGGAGUGUUGAAGUAGAUGCAAAACUGAAAAAGCCAAGGUUUUCACUGCCCAGGUUUUCUUUUUCAAAACCAAGUGUUAAGGCCCCAGAGGUUGAUGUCAGUCUCCAGGAUGCAAACAUUACAAUUCCAGGGGGAAAUGUAGAAGUGAAGGGAGAAGUGGAUAUGAAACUACCAGAACAUGAAAUAGAAGUUGAUGGCCAAGGAAGCAAAUUUAAAAUGCCAAAAUCUGGAAUCACAAUGCCAAACAUCACAGGGCCUGAAUUUGAUUUAAGUUUAUCAAAAAAAGAUGUAGACAUCAAUCUACCAAAGGCUAAAGCUGAAGUCAGACUCCCAGAAGCCCCUGAGGUUGAUGUUACUCUUGGAGGCGUAGACGUUUCGAUUCCAGAGCAAAAGGUGGGACUAGAAAAACCUGAGGUGGAAAUUAAACCUUUGCCAACUGAAGUUGAACUUGAAGGUCAAGGAAGCAAGUUCAAAAUGCCAAAGUUUGGAAUGUCAAUGCCAAAGGUAAAAGGACCUGAAUUUCAUCUAGGCACAUCAAAGAAAGAUGUGGAUGUCACACUACCAGAAGCCCAAGCAGACAUAAACCUCCCUGAUGUUGAACUAAAAGAACCUUCUGCUAAAGCAGAAAUCAAAGCUCCUAAGAUUGAAGUUGCAGCUAAAGAUGCUGAGGGAUCACCUUCAAAAUUUAAAAUGCCAAGUUUGAGUUUCUCUAAGCCUAAAGUCAAAGGGCCUGAUAUAGAUUUAAGCUUAUCAAAGAAAGAGACAGAUAUCAUGUUACCAGACACUAAAGCUGAGGUCAAACUCCCAGAAGUCAGUCUUGGAAAAGCAGAGGUAAUGAUACCAGAGGCAAAAGUGGAAGUUAAAAAACCUGAAGUGCAAACCAAACCUUUGCAGACUAAUGUUGAACUUGAUGGACAAGGAAGCAAAUUCAAGAUGCCGAAGUUUGGCAUCAAAAUGCCAAAAGUAAAAGGGCCUGAAUUUGAUUUAAGCUUAUCAAAGAAAGAUGUAGAUGUUACACUCCCAGAAGCUAAAGCUGAGGGGAAACUCCCAGAGGCCCCUGAGAUUGAUGCCAGUCUUGGAAACGUAGAUGUUUCUAUUCCAUCCCAUAAGAUGGAGCUCAAAAAGCCUGAAUUGGAAACCAAACCUCUGCAGACUGAAGGUGCACUUGAUGGACAAGGAAGCAAGUUUAAAAUGCCAAAGUUGGGAAUCACAAUGUCAAAAGUAAAGGGGCCUGAAAUUGACUUCAGCUUAUCAAAGAAAGAUGUAGAUGUGACAAUACCAGAAGCCAAAGCUGAAAUCAAACUCCCUGAUGUUGAAGUGAAAGAACCAUCUGCUGAAGUGGAAAUCAAACCUCCUGAGAUCAAAGUUGUGACAAAGGAUACAGAUGGAUCACCAUCAAAAUUUAAAAUGCCAACAUUCAAAUUACCAAAAUUUGGAGUUGGCACCCAGAGUGUCUCCUCAGAGGUACCUGAUAUGGACAAAAACAUUAAAAUCGAUGGAGCUGACAUUAACAUUCCUGAAGAGGUUCUUGCAGUUAGCAUUUCAGCACCCAACAUUGACACUGAAGGCCCAUCAAUAGAUAUGCAAACUAUCAGAACUGAACAUGAAGGAAAAGGAAGCAAGUUUAAACUGCCAAAUCUUGGUUUUUCUGUGCAUCAAGUCAAAGGACGUGACAUUGAUUUAAGCGUAUCAAAGAAAGAUGUAGAUGUGACAAUACCAGAAGCCAAAGCUGAUGUUCAGCUUCCUGAUGUUGAACUAAAGGAACCUUCAGCUAAAGCAGAAAUUAAAGGUCCUGAAAUUGAAGUCCAGACAAGUAAUGUUGAAGGAUCACCAUCAAAGUUUAAAAUGCCAACAUUGAAAUUACCCAAAUUUGGAGCUCCUUCUGCACAGGUCAGUGUGGAAGUACCUGAUGUGGACAAGGACAUUAAAGUGGAUGGAGCAGAUUUAAAAUUACCAGAAGUGAAAGCUGAAGUCAAACCUCCUGAUGUUGAAGGGGUAGAGGGAGACCAGAAGGUGAGAAAGACAAGCUGGACACUGCCAAGAUUUUCAUUUUCAAAGUCAAGUGUUAAGGGCCCUGAGGCUGAGCUCAACCUUGAUACCCCAAAAGUUGAUGUUACACUACCAGAGGUCAAAACAGAAAUGCAUCCUCCAGAUAUCAACAUCAAAGAAUCCUUAAGUAUUUCAGUAGAGGGGACACCUGCUACAGACCUAGAUGCCAAAUUGAAAAAGCCACGGUUUUCAUUACCCAGAUUUUCAUUUUCAAAGCAAAGUACAAAAGAGCUUGAAGCUGACGUUAGUCUCCCACAAGUUGAUGUGUCUCUUCCAGAGGGAAAUGUGGAAGUCAAACCACCUGAAGUGGAGCUUGAGCCACCAAAAGGUGACGUAGAAUUAGAUGGACAUGAAAGCAAGUUUAAAAUGCCAAAAUUUGGCAUCUCAAUGCCAAAAGUAAAAGGCCCUGAUAUUGAUUUGAGUUUAACAAAGAAAGAUGUGGAUGUUACACUCCCAGAAGCCAAAGCUGAAGUCCAGCCUCCAGAUGUUAAAAUAAAACAACCAUCUGCCAAAGUGGAAAUUAAGGGUCCUGAGAUUGAAGCUCAAUCAGGUCAUGUUGAAGGAUCACCAUCAAAAUUUAAAAUGCCAUCAUUCACCUUACCCAAAUUUGGAGCGUCUACUCCAAAGGACAGUGUGGAAGUACCUGAUGUGAACAAAGACAUUAAAAUUGACAGUGCAAAGUUGAAAGAAGGAGCUACAGUGGAUAUCACAGCACCCAACAUUGACACUGAAGGCCUAUCUGUAGAUGUGAAAGCUAAAGGAAGUGAAGUUGAGGGAACAGGAAGCAAGUUUAAAAUGCCGAAGUUUGGCAUCUCAAUGCCAAAAGUAAAAGGGCCUGAAAUUGAUCUAAGCUUAUCAAAGAAAGAUGUGGAUGUCACACUCCCAGAAGCCAAAGCUGAAGUCCAGCCUCCAGAUGUUAAAAUAAAAUCACCAACUGCAAAAGUGGAAAUUAAGGGUCCUGAAAUUGAAGCUCAAACAGGUCAUGUUGAAGGAUCACCAUCAAAAUUUAAAAUGCCAUCAUUCACCUUACCCAAAUUUGGAGCGUCUACUCCUAAGGUCAGUGUGGAAGUACCUGAUGUGGACAAAGACAUUAAAAUUGACGGUGCAAAGCUGAAUAUAUCUAAGAAGGGAGCUACAGUGGAUGUGAAAGCACCCAACAUUGACACUGAAGGCCUAUCUGUAGAUGUGAAAACUAAAGGAAGUGAAACUGAUGGAUCAGGAAGCAAGUUUAAAAUGCCAAAGUUUGGCAUCUCAAUGCCAAAAGGGCCUGAAAUUGAUCUAAGCUUAUCAAAGAAAGAUGUGGAUGUCACACUCCCAGGAGCCAAAGCUGAAGUCCAGCCUCCAGAUGUUAAAAUAAAACCACCGACUGCAAAAGUGGAAAUUAAGGGUCCUGAAAUUGAAGCUCAAACAGGUCAUGUUGAAGGAUCACCAUCAAAAUUUAAAAUGCCAUCAUUCACCUUACCCAAAUUUGGAGCAUCUACUCCAAAGGACAGUGUGGAAGUACCUGAUGUGAACAAAGACAUUAAAAUUGACGGUGCAAAGCUGAAUAUAUCUAAGGAGGGAGCUACAGUGGAUGUCAAAGCACCCAGCAUUGACACUGAAGGCCUAUCUGUAGAUGUUAAAACUAAAGGAAGUGAAACCGAUGGAUCAGGAAGCAAGUUUAAAAUGCCAAAGUUUGGCAUCUCAAUGCCAAAAGUAAAAGGGCCUGAAAUCGAUCUAAGCUUAUCAAAGAAAGAUGUGGAUGUCACACUCCCAGAAUCUAAAGCUGAAGUCCAGCCUCCAGAUGUUAAAAUAAAAUCACCGACUGCAAAAGUGGAUAUUAAGGGUCCUGAGAUUGAAGUUCAAACAGGUCAUGUUGAAGGAUCACCAUCAAAAUUUAAAAUGCCAUCAUUCACCUUACCCAAAUUUGGAGCGUCUACUCCAAAGGACAGUGUGGAAGUACCUGAUGUGAACAAAGACAUUAAAAUUGACAGUGCAAAGUUGAAAGAAGGAGCUACAGUGGAUGUCACAGCACCCAGCAUUGACACUGAAGGCCUAUCUGUAGAUGUGAAAACUAAAGGAAGUGAAAUUGAUGGAUCAGGAAGCAAGUUUAAAAUGCCAAAGUUUGGCAUCUCAAUGCCAAAAGUAAAAGGGCCUGAAACUGAUCUGAGUUUAUCAAAGAAAGAUGUGGAUGUCACAUUCCCAGAAGCCAAAGCUGAAGUCCAGCCUCCAGAUGUUAAAAUAAAAUCACCAACUGCAAAAGUGGAAAUUAAGGGUCCUGAGAUUGAAGCUCAAACAGGUCAUGUUGAAGGAUCGCCAUCAAAAUUUAAAAUGCCAUCAUUCACCUUACCCAAAUUUGGAGCAGUCUACUCCAAAGGACAGUGUGGAAGUACCUGAUGU